AUGUUUGAUAUCGCUAACAGCCAUAGGUCAAUCUACAACGCAGGGGGUCAUCUCGUCACUUCCACAUUAACUCGAAUAAAUAAAGUAGGAUUAAGUAUAAAUAACCGUGUAUCUAGUAGUGCUACUUUACUCUUUCCAAUUUUCCUCGGUUAUGAUAAUGUUCUAUCUACUUCACUAUACUUCAAAUCGGGGUGUAAGAAGCUUAUCACCCGCGUCUACAAUCCCAAUGUGAAUAUAGUUAUGCCAGCAGGAGUGGAUGAAAAGAUCAAUUUAACAGCUGAUAUAACUCCCUCGGUUUCUGAGAUAUAUAAGAUCAAGAAAGAGAAUAAAAUGGAUAUAGAUAAGGAUAUAUAA